UCCAUGGCAAGGAAGAGCAAACACUCUCAAAAACUCACACUCCCAGAAAGAGAGAGAAGAAAGAAAGAAAGAACCAUAAACACUCACUCACACAGAGAUAGAGUUUUCAAACCCCAAAAUUAUGCAAACCCAAGAACAAAAGUUUGGAAUUUGAGGCAAAUGUCCAUUCAAUUCCUCUUCUUCUCUCUCUCUUUUCUCAUUUUCUUCCCUCAUUCUUCUUCUUCUUCAAACCAUGAAGCUUCACUUCUCUUUUCAUGGCUUCACUCUUCCAAUUCCCCUGUUUCUCCUCUUUUUUCCAAUUGGAAUGUUCGUGAUUCACCAUCCCCUUGUAAUUGGUCCUUCAUUUCUUGUUCAUCUCAAGGCUUUGUCACUGAAAUCAACAUCAUUUCAAUCCCUCUUCACCUCCCUUUUCCUUCUAAUCUCUCCUCUUUUCAUUCCCUUCGAAGACUUGUCAUUUCUGAUGCUAAUCUCACAGGCCCCAUUCCUUCUGACGUUGGUGACUGUUCUGAGCUUACUCUCAUUGAUCUCAGCUCCAAUACUCUUGUUGGAACAAUUCCAUCAACCAUUGGAAAGCUUCAGAAGCUUGAGGAUUUGGUUUUGAACUCCAAUCAGUUGACUGGGAAAUUCCCUAUUGAGCUCACUGAUUGUAAAGCACUCAAGAAUUUGCUUUUGUUUGAUAAUAGAUUGAGUGGUGGAAUCCCUUCUCAAAUAGGGAAAAUGGGGAGUCUUGAGAUUUUUAGAGCUGGUGGAAAUAGAGAUAUCAUUGGAGAAAUCCCAGAAGAGAUUGGUAAUUGCAGAAAUUUGAGCAUUUUGGGGUUGGCUGAUACUAGAGUUUCAGGUUCUUUGCCCAACUCUAUUGGCAGACUUCAAAAACUUCAAACUUUGUCCAUUUACACUACUAUGAUCUCCGGCGAGAUUCCGCCGGAGUUAGGUAACUGUUCUGAGCUUGUUAACUUGUUUCUUUAUGAAAAUAGUCUGUCUGGUUCUAUACCAAAGGAGGUUGGUAAGUUGAAGAAGCUUGAACAAUUGUUUCUAUGGCAGAAUGAGUUGAUUGGGACAAUCCCACCCGAAAUUGGUGAUUGUGUUAGUUUGAAAAAGAUUGAUAUUUCUUUGAAUUCUCUUUCUGGGGCUAUUCCUUUGACGUUAGGGGGGCUUUCUUUGCUUGAGGAGUUUAUGAUUAGUAGUAAUAACGUUUCGGGGUCGAUUCCUUCGAAUCUUUCGAAUGCUACGAAUCUUUUGCAGUUGCAGCUUGAUAGUAAUGAGAUUUCUGGUUUGAUCCCACCUGAGUUGGGGAUGUUAUGGAAGUUGAAUGUGUUCUUUGCAUGGCAGAAUCAGCUUGAAGGAAGCAUUCCUUGGAGUUUGUCGAAUUGUUCAAAUCUUCAAGCUCUUGAUUUGUCUCAUAAUUCGCUAACAGGAAGUGUUCCUCCUGGUUUGUUUCACCUCCAAAACUUGACAAAGCUUCUUUUGAUUUCCAAUGAUAUCUCUGGUACAUUGCCACCAGAUGUUGGGAACUGCACUUCUCUUAUCCGAAUGAGACUCGGGAGCAACCGGAUUGCAGGGGAGAUUCCUAACUCAAUCAGCGCUCUACGAAGCUUGGAUUUUCUUGAUUUGUCAGAGAACCAUUUUUCAGGAUCCUUGCCUGCUGAGAUUGGGAACUGUAGAGCUUUGGAAAUGAUUGAUAUAAGCAACAAUGCACUGAAAGGUCCAUUGCCUGAGUCACUUUCUUCUCUUUCUCAGCUCCAAGUUUUGGAUGUCUCAUCUAACCAAUUUGAUGGUGAGAUUCCAGCUAGUUUGGGACAGCUUGUUUCUUUGAAUAAGCUCAUUCUAGCAAGAAACACUUUCUCAGGAACAAUUCCUGCAUCCCUCAAACUUUGUUCAAGCCUCCAACUACUUGAUCUCAGUGGCAAUCAGCUGACUGGUAACUUACCGAUCGAGUUAGGUUCGAUUGACUCACUUGAGAUUGCUCUCAACCUUAGUUGUAAUGGGUUCACUGGUACACUGCCUUCUCAAAUGUCUGGACUCACUAAGCUUUCUGUUCUAGACCUUUCGCAUAAUAGGAUUGAUGGUGAUUUGAAACCACUUGCUGGGCUCGAUAAUCUCGUUGUGCUUAACAUUUCUUUCAAUAACUUUACGGGUUAUCUUCCGGACAAUAAACUUUUCAGACAACUAUCACCAACUGAUUUGGCAGGCAACAUCGGUCUUUGUUCUUCAAUUCGAGAUUCAUGUUUCUCCACAGACGAGAAAGUGUUUUCAAAAGAUGGGGAUGAUGCAAGGAGAUCAAGAAAGCUGAAGCUAGCAAUUGCCUUGCUCGUUGUCCUGACAGUUGUGAUGACAGUAAUGGGGGUGAUUGCAGUGAUUCGAGCUCGAACAAUGAUUCAAGAUGAGGAUUCGGAGCUGGGAGAGACAUGGCCUUGGCAAUUCACACCAUUCCAAAAGCUGAAUUUCUCUGUCGAGGAAGUGUUGAGGCGUCUUGUGGAUAGUAAUGUGAUUGGAAAAGGGUGUUCGGGGAUGGUUUAUCGAGCCGAAAUGGACAACGGAGAAGUGAUUGCAGUGAAGAAGCUAUGGCCAACAAUGAUGGCAACAGAUAAUAACUACAACGACGACAAAAGUGGAGUACGUGAUUCGUUUUCGGCAGAAGUUAAAACACUAGGCUCAAUACGCCAUAAGAACAUCGUGAGGUUCUUAGGUUGUUGUUCGAAUCGAAAUACGAAACUACUAAUGUACGAUUAUAUGCCAAAUGGUAGUUUGGGCAGUCUUCUACAUGAAAGAAGUGGCAAUGCCUUGGAAUGGGAUCUAAGGUACCAAAUCUUACUAGGUGCAGCCCAAGGCCUUGCCUAUUUACACCAUGAUUGUGUCCCUCCAAUUGUUCAUAGGGACAUUAAGGCCAACAAUAUUCUCAUUGGCCUCGAAUUCGAGGCUUAUAUUGCUGAUUUCGGCCUUGCCAAGCUUAUCGACAAUGGAGAUUUCGGCAGGUCAUCCAACACUGUUGCAGGCUCUUAUGGAUACAUUGCUCCUGAAUAUGGCUAUAUGAUGAAGAUAACUGAGAAGAGCGAUGUAUAUAGCUACGGCGUUGUGGUGAUCGAAGUCUUAACAGGGAAACAACCGAUUGACCCGACAAUACCCGAUGGACUACACAUUGUAGAUUGGGUGAGAAGAAAUAGAGGGAAUGAAGUUCUUGACCAGAGCUUGCAAUCAAGACCAGAGACAGAAAUAGAGGAGAUGAUGCAAGUUUUAGGUAUAGCGUUAUUAUGUGUAAACUCGUCACCAGAUGAGCGACCGGCAAUGAAAGAUGUGGAGGCGAUGCUGAAAGAAAUCAAACAUGAAAGGGAAGAAUAUGCAAAAGUUGAUGUGCUGCUCAAAGCUAGCUCCUCGCCUGCCAACGGUGGGCAAUUAGAGAACAACAAAAGCUCAAAUAAUAAUAAUAACAAUAACAACAAUAAUAAUGUUAAUGGAGUUGGAAUUGCAACAUCUUCUUCAAAGAUGUCAACAAGAAGCUUGCUGCAAAAAAGUACUAAUACAAGCUUCUCUGCUUCCUCAUUGAUCUACUCAUCAUCAUCCUCUAAUGGCAGAAAGAGUUAAAGUUUUUGUAAAAAUAGAUUUGAUUGAUGCUUAAGCCAAAUAUGGGAAGUUUGUUUAUUUGUUA